AAAAUCCCAAGAGGGGAAUGCGAAAUGAGCUCCUGGUUAAAAGGUGGAAAAACCUUAAUAGAUCGGAAUGAAAUACGUGCAGGCCUGCUGGAGAUGAGACUGCGGCCGGGCUGACUGCUCCUCUCCUUAACUCACUUUACUAAACAUUAAAAUACCACAAUAUCGUAUAUUGAUUGUCCGGAAUCAUGCAACAAGUGUUGCAUUUGAUUCCUCUCUGAAGAAUUAUCGCUGAUUGUUAUAGUAUCCGCGACUUUGAACUGGAAAGGCGAAUUUUGAAAGCUGAGCGGUGGGAAGCGAAGUCGUAAUUUUAUCUUCCCACGUCUAGGACUGCACAGCGGUGAAUGUUCUGUAAAGUCAACCAGAAGGAAUUGUUGUAUUAUUUAUAAAUCUGCAUAAAUUUAAGCUGAAUUUGCUCUAAAAACGGAUCCUUACAGAUUACACGUGCAACUGCACGUUUUGUUCUCUACCCCUGCAAACGCCAUCGAAUGGUCUACUCCAAUUGCCUGUCUCCAUAGCAACGAACGACGCCUUCGGGGCGCGCCUCGUCAUAUUGCGAAUCUCAGUUAAGGAGGCUGUAAAAGUAAAAGAGACUCAGUGUAUGUGACCAAAACAUGACAGCCAGGCUGCUAUCUUCAUUUAAUGCAUUUGAUGGCUAUUCCCAGAAAAUUUUAAAUAAAUACGCGGGGGGACGACAGUUAGGUGACCUACAGAGUAAAAACCCUGCCUGCCACCCUGAGCUCCUGAGCCCCCCUGUAACGUUCAGCUAUGACUGGGAUUUGGAUCUUCCCAGUGCCAGAAGAACUGAACUGUCCAAAAGAAAAAGUGUUAAGCAGAUUAUACAUGAGGAGCAGAGUCUGAUUCACAGCACAAUAAGAUUAGUCACGUCAGCCCCGUCCACCACUGGGCCAGUUGCUCACACAAGUAUCAGACCAUUUUCCUGCAAUGACGCUCAGACUGGAAAGUGCAUACAUUCAAAAGGCUUCCAUAAAAAUUCAGAAGAAGGGUACAUGAUAAUUAAAUUCAAAAAGCCCAGAUCACAGGCAUCUAGCAGAGGAGCAUCUUCAGCAAGGAGGGAGAAGUGGUCUAAUGAGGUGGAGAAACUCCCCCUGCUACAUUUGUUAAAGAAAGAGGAGAGCUACGCUCACACAGGGGGCACCCUUAGCGCUUCAGAUUUUUCCGGCUGGUGCACUUUCUCCACCAAUGGAGAAGGAGAUGAUGUCUACAAUAUUCCAGAGUCUACCGGGAAACGGAUUGCACAACAACUCCAGCAUGGCAAUGGGGUCCGAGUGGGAACAAAUGGGAGCUGCAGAGGGACCGAGGAUUUGAGCUCGACUAUGGAUUCCCUCACCCACCACAAUCUUCCAAAAGAGAUACCGUUCCAGCAGCCACAGGUGGUGCCUUUAAAAAUAGAGGAUGAAUUUGAGAAAGAGACAAAUAAAAUACUUGAUGCGCAAUCGGAAAAAAUCUUUAUCCCCCCACUGAUUGUGAGUGAAACACAUCCUGUGGUGUUCCACAAAGACACCGUUCCACAGUUUUUCCCCUCCCAGUCUACUACCCGAGCCCACAACUAUCGUCUGUCUUUGAAAAUUCCAAGUGACAAAGGGACAAAGGAAAUCAACAGAAAUGACCGCUGGGGUGGAGCAGACCCAAUAGCUAGUAAGGCCGAAAUAAAACGAUAUCACAACGAACCACUGAGAUUGAAGGUCAAGCAGAUUAGAAGACCCUCGGGAAAACAGAAGAUCAAUGUGCACAUUUUAUUAGCUGAUGGAACAACCAGCAAAGCUUUGGAGUUUAAACAGCCAAUCGAAAAUCUUCCAGUCAACCACUCUGGCAUCAUAGAAAAGGGUGCCCAGUUCAACAAAGUACCCGUCCCCAGGACUGCUGCGUCAUAUAGCAGAAGCACUUUCAAGACCGAUGUUGGUGCAGUCAAAAAUGGAAUGAACCCUAUAAAAGCAGUGGAAUGUGAUACCUUUCCGACAAGCUUGGUCAAAGUGGCCACUGUGCCCUCUGGUAAAGCCCCGAAUAAUGUGCCAACAUUUUAUAAUAAAAAUCGAGCUGUGAAGCAGGAGGCCAAGAAGGACUUUAUUGCACUUUCCAAGUCGUUGCCUCUUCAGAAACCUAACGCUGGUUCUAUUGCUAACAAACCACAAGCAGAUCUGGAGGGGAAGUCUGUAGACCCGUCUUCAGAGAAGCCUGAGAAGUCUGAACCAGAAGAUACAAUUCCACCUGAAACACAUCUGAUGCAGUCCAGGCUGAGCAGCCAUGCUGAGCAGAGACCAAUGACCUCCAACUCCGAUAUUAAAGCCAGCCAAAGUCUUCCUAAUGAUAAAUUGCCAAUGGAAAGUUCAGCAGCACCUAACGGGUCAGAAGAGAUAUCUUCUGAGCCACCUAAAAGUGAGGAGUUUCCUGCUGUCAUAUCCCCAUCCUCCAUGGGGGAAGAUUUUGAACACAGCCCACCACAGCUGCCCCAAGAACCACCAAAAUCCCUGGUCAAAGCUCAGCCAUCCAGUAAAAUUAUCAGUCCGAUUAUCAGCAUUCCAACUGCUGAGAACGAGGCCCAAAGUGUCUCGGAGUGGGAGGUCAACUCGGAAUCUGGAGAUAUGCUGAAGGAGGAAGACGGCUUGGACACGUCUACACCAAAAUGCCAACAAUCUCAUACUCCAGAAGAAGAUGGUUUUACAACUGUCCAAGAGGAAAAGGAAACAUAACCUGAUGUGGACAGUCCAAUUCAAACCAGAAAUAAGCUUUCUUAUUUUUUCUUAUCUUAUUUCUUAAAAUAAGUUUCUUAUUUUAGCUAUAAGAUACCUAACAGCUCCUUAGAAGAAAAAUAUCACUUGAUCUGGUGUUGCACUGUUGCCUUCCUGAAGUGUUUUAUUGGUCUACUAGCAGUAAAGGUCCCCAUUACGUUUAUUAAUUAGACAGCAGCUUUCACAUGGAGGCAUUGGGUGUCAGCGGUGGGAUUUCAAACCAAAAUUAAGCUCCAUGCAAUUUUUCAUUAAAAAAAAUGAAAUAUCCGUAUUCUAAGAUGUGGAAAACAGUUAGCAAAUCUAAUCAGUUAAAAACUGCUGAAGCUAGGAAAAAAAAUGUAUAAAAUCAGCAGUGGUGUCCCAUUGUGUUCAGGGUCCACCAGUUGUGGAGAUCUCAAGUGCUAGGGUGUGGUAACACUUUUUAUAACUUUAAGAUAAUAACGCUUGGGUAGAGGAAAUCAAUCAGUGAUUUACUCCAUAUUGCUAUAAAUCCCUGUCAAAGCCCAAUAAAAUAUUUUUCUUAAAGACAGCAAAAUAGUGAAAAAAAAGACCCA